AGAUAACAAUUUAGAGUUCCUUUUAAUACGUUAUUUCUAAAUGACACACUUAAAAUGUCGCCUUUGAUUCUGUUGCUUAUAGUGUUUCGUUUAGUUUAUGGAGUUGAAAAGAAACUGAUUCUACAUGAUGAAACUGAUAUAACCCGGGAAAUUCUUCAGCUGAAAUCUGAUGUCAGUACACUCAAAAGUGAAAAUGCGGACCUUAGAAAAAUUGUUGGAAAUUUUAACUCCUUGAAUCAACAUUCUGCUGGUCACCAUUUCAUACGUUGGGGCCGCAGUGAAUGUCCGGGAAAUGGAUCUGAGAUCAUAUACAGAGGAUAUACCGCUGGAAGCCAGUAUAAUCAACCAGGAGGAGGCUCAAACAAUCUCUGUUUACCGGAGCAUCCAACCUUUGAGAAGUACAUAGACUCUGUUGACCAGUGGCGUGGACAUUUAUAUGGCACUGAAUAUGAAAAUUUAAAUGCUGAAUCAAUGACGAUGUUUGGAUAUACAACUAUUAACGAAGAUGUCCCGUGUGCUGUAUGUAAAACUACAAGGAGUGUCUUAAUGAUUCCAGGGCGAGCAGACUGUUAUCCUGGCUGGACAUUGGAAUACAAAGGCUAUUUGAUGUCCGCGUACCACAACUACGCAUCUAACGGGGACUUCCUUUGUGUUGACGCAAAACCAGAUUUCGUACCACACGGAGAAGGCAAUCACAACGAUCACUUAUUGUAUUUCGUUGAAAGUCGGUGUGGUGCCCUUCCUUGUCCACCAUAUGUUAACGGAAGAGAGCUGUCAUGCGUUGUAUGUUCAAUAUAAAAAGGUCUUACUUGUAUUCUAUUUCAAUACAUACUGAAAAUGAUUA